CGGCGGAGGAGAGGCGCGCCAAAUCCCCCUCCCAUUUCCCGCCUUCCCCAAUUUCUCCCAAACCCUAGCUAGCCUUUCCCCAACCUAGACUCCUUGACGCGGCGAGGAGGAGGAGGCGGCGAUGCGGGGCGGCACGGUGCAGAUCAACUGGCACGAGCAGCAGCCGGUCCUCACCCUCGACUUCCACCCCGUCUCCCGCCGCCUCGCCACCGGCGGCAGCGACCACGACAUCAAGAUCUGGGUGAUUGCGUCGGAUGAUUCCGACAAGAAGCUCCCCACUGCCACCUACCACAGCAGCCUCUCCUCCCACAGCUCCGCGGUGAACGUUCUCCGCUUCUCGCCUUCCGGCGAAAAUCUUGCGUCUGGUGCUGAUGGUGGUGGUAUUAUCAUCUGGAAGUUGCAUUCCACUGAUGACGGCGAGGCUUGGAAAGUACAAAAGACAUUAUUGUUCCAUCACAAGGAUGUUCUUGACCUGCAAUGGUCCCAAGAUGGCGCAUUCCUUGUUUCUGCUUCAGUUGAUAACAGUUGCAUUGUAUGGGAUGCUAUUAAAGGUUCGGUGCAACAAAAGUUGGAGGGUCAUUUGCAUUAUGUUCAAGGCGUGGCAUGGGAUCCUCUGGGUCAAUACAUUGCUUCACUGAGCUCUGACAGAACUUGUAGAAUAUAUGCAAAUAAGCCCCAAGGCAAGUCAAAGAACACAGAUAGGAUGAACUUUGUUUGCCAGCAUACACUGGUGAAGGCCGAACAUCAAAAUCAUGAUGAGUCCAAGCCACCAGUUAGAGCUCAUUUGUUUCAUGACGAAACGUUACCAUCUUUCUUUCGGAGAUUGGCAUGGUCGCCUGAUGGAUCUUUUCUGGUACUGCCAGCAGGUUUAUGCAAAUAUUCAUCUGAAGUGAUCAAUACAGCUUAUGUAAUGUCAAGGAGAGACUUGUCAAGGCCUGCGAUACAACUCCCUGGCGCAAGUAAAGCAAUAGUGGCAGUGCGCUUUUGCCCGGUUCUCUUCAAGCUGCGUGGUUCCCAAUCAGAUUGUUUCUUCAAGCUUCCUUACAGAGUUAUUUUUGCUGUUGCUACUUUGAACUCCCUGUAUGUUUAUGACACUGAAAGUGUUGCUCCUAUUCUAAUACAUGCUGGUCUGCACUAUGCUGCAAUUACGGAUAUUGCAUGGUCUUCUGAUGCCAAGUACCUGGCAGUGUCAUCACGAGAUUGCUUCUGCACCAUUAUUGAGUUUGAGAAUGAAGAGUUGGGGCUGCCCUAUAAUCUCUCUGGAACAAAGGAACUUGAUGAAGGGAAUACCAACUGUGAGAACAUGAAGCCAUUAAAGGUGGACAGUAUGGAAAUUGAUGCUGGUUCCAGCAAAGCUAAGAUAAAAGCCAGUUCUGCAGCCGUUGAAGUGACACCAUCACCACCAGUGCUGGCCCAGAACAAUAUAUUGAUGACAAAGGACGUUGCUGAAGGAAAUGCGACAAGUGAAAAUGACAGGCCUUCAGCGGUGGACAAUAUGGAAGUUGAUGUUGGUGAAAACAAAGCUAAGAUGGAAGUCACUCCUGUCGCUGUACAAGUGACAGCGCCGCCAGUGUCGACCAAGAACAGCGCAUCAAGUAAGCCUACCAAGAAGCGAAUUACUCCUAUUGCAAUCAACUAAGUAAUGCAAAGUAAUUAGGACCUAGGAUUAUGAUAUCUUCUGUAGUGAUAGCAAGUACAAGAAUUUACAUUUAGGUCACCCUGUAAAGAAAUUUAUUUUGCAACGCGUGUUCAACUUGUGGCCUAACCCCAGAAACUCCGGUUCUGCUAAUGGCACAUAGUGGAAGCAGUUAUAUGGACACAGCUUGUGUCAGUGAGCACAUUUGGUUAUAAAUCAACUUGCAGAUACCAGAUGUCUCUAUUUAUAUUUGACAGCCUUUUUUUUUACCAAUUUCA